UUUUGUUAAAGUGUUAAAGACGCCUAAAUGCCAAGCGAAGGCCUAGUCUAGGGCUGGCAGGGGCUGGUUAUCAAUUCUUUGGAUCAGUUGAAGAUCAAUCCCUUCUCAGCACGGAACAUCACGUCAGGGGUAGUUUUGUCUGGGAAGAUGAAACCACGAUUGUGCCAAAAGGUCGAAUCAAUGACCUCGUCCAAGCUCCCUCAGACGGUUUGCCCGUUGCCAGGUGGCCCGCGUUUUACCUACUUCCAGUCUGGGCUUCCCGUUUGCUGGAUCGAGAAAAGAAUCCUCUUCAUGUAUUCUCAACCUCGUCCGAAAUCCUAAAAACACGACGACCUUCGAUGUGAGAGUCCCGGCGAUAGCAUCAUUCCUUUCACUAUAUACCUUUCUUCGGACCUGGUGUUCUCCUCUUUCAUAUUAUCAUUUCACGAUGGCUGGCCUUCUGAAUGAUUUGGGCAAUACUUUGGGGGGAGUCGGUGCGGGAGUCGGUGGCCUUUUAGGCGGGACUAAUAAUGCAAACGAUGACGAAAACGAUGGAACACAAGCAGUGACGUCUGCAUCGCAAACUGGAAAGGAGACGAAUGCAGGCAAUGUCGCGGCAUCUUCAACUUCGGUUGCUAAAGCGACAGCGACAGCGGACCCUAACAAUUCGAAGGGCAAUGGCAAUUCGAACGCCGAUAAUAAUUCGGAUGAUGCACCCUCUACUACUACUGCUGCUGCUGCGCCUGCGACUUCAGCCAAGGCUUCCACGACAACACAGGCGGCGCCGAAGACUACGGCUAUUGCACUCAAUCCUGCUGUGUCGGAUAGUACAACUAUCGCAACUCCCGCUUCUUCGCCGGCAACUGCCGUCUCUAAGCCUAGCACGACCCUAGUUGUUAGCAGCGCACCGACAACAUCGGCAUCAGCAGUAACACCACCUAUUGCGGUCCCUACUACCCUUGCGACGUCUAUCAAGUCGUCAACUCCUCUUACCGACUCUAUCGCUUCAAGUCUGGAUAUCCCGGAACCCACCAGUGUUCUCAGCACCGAAAGCGCGAUCUCUUCCACCGUGGCAGUCGAUGCAACGCCACUUUCCCAGGAAGGCGCCGCUGCUACUCAGAGUGCACUCGCCGAAACGAGUGGGAAUACCAUCACUCAAGCUCAAACAUCAUCGAAUGGCGGCGGAAUGAUCGGUCCCCUACCAACCGCUGCCGUAGCCGGCAUUGCUGGAGGCGGUGGCGGUCUAGUCCUCAUCGCUGCCACGAUCUUCACCCUGCGAAGGGUAUGGCGCAGAAGGCGCAAUGGAAACGGAAGCGACGAAGCCCUGGAGCGACUGGACUCCAUGUACGAGGCCGGUAAACCCACGCCCAACGAAUCAAACGAGAAGCUCGUCCGUUGGAACAAGGGUCUGUCUGAGUAUCACAAGCCGAGCGACAGCAGCUACAAGGCAUAUAGAAUGUGAUUAUAGCAUGACGAAAAGAGUGGGAUGACGCAAAUUGAUUGUGGGUUUUUGGAGUCUGGAAAUAGAGCUAUUCGGCUGUCAUCAAAACAUUAACUACCAUCUAAACAGGUACCUACCGCCUGAAAUACCAAUCAUAUCCCCCCCAAUAUAGUAUAAAAUAGUCUAGUCGUUACUUUAGUAUAUAACGUUUUGUAUAAUACUACCCGGUCUCUAAUACAUCAUGUUUUGUUGGAUA